UUCUGGUCCUUUGGGAAGCAGUGUCUGAUCUGCACAGCUUCGGGCAGGGGGUCUCACUCCUCCCCCAGGGAGUUCCCCCACUGCAGGCGGAAGCAGAGGGAUCCUCUCUCCAGCAAGGAGGCCAGUAUCCUGAUCACAUGGUGUAGUGUGCCUGCUGACUAGAAGUCUAUCUGGAAUCCAAAGAUGUCGAGAGAUGUGAAGAGUAACAGUACAGAGCAAGUUCCGUUUAUGGAAGAAUGGAAAGCUCGGAGAGAGAGAAUGAGGCUCCGCUCAUCUUCAAGCCUCACUGGGAGCAGGUCCAUAGAUAGCCAGGCUCAACAGGAAGUGGAACUCCAAACACAAACCCAGUCCUCACAUAGAGGACAAGCAUGUGGUAAAGAUCUUGCUUCCAAGAAAGUCCAGUCCCAAGCUGCUUUAGAUGUUGAAGCCCAUGAUCCAGUCACUUCAAAAACCAAGGAGAAAAAAGGGAGUCCACAGAAGAAGCAUCGCACCCAAAUUGAAAAAAGGAAACUAAGGGAGAAGCGACGACCAACAGGAAUAGUUAAUCUGAUUCAAACAGCUGACACUGAUGUAAAUGAAGAUAUUAAUGCAAAUAAUGAAAAUAUAGAUCAAGACACUCUUAUACAGAACCAGGAACUGUGGAUAUCAGAGGGAACUUGCCUUAACAGAAAUUCAGAGGCUAAUUUGAAGACUUUUACUUCAGAAAAUAGAGAUGAAAUCUUGAAUGCAAGACAAUCAUGGAUGGAAGAACUUCAGAAGGCAGUUAGAGAAAAGAGACAAGAUAACCACAAACUGACAACUCAGCUCAAUGACAAGGAGGGGUCUGUGCUACUACUCCAAAGAGAUGUAAAAGCCCUCACUCAGAAAAUGCUGAGAGCCAAGGAUGAAAAUAAAAGGUUGAAGGAAGAGAAUCAGAUGCUACUGAAGAUGAUGGGCCACCUGAGCAGCUAAGAUUUAGGACUGUCUAAGCUAUUCAGCUUACUGACAAAUCGACUGAUGUUUUCUCACCAAAAUAAGCAGAUAAAUGAGUGAAUGAUGAAUGAGCUUUUCAUCCACAUGUUACUACAAAGCCAUCCACCUUCAGGGACUGUACUAAGAUGAUGAAGCUGGAAGCUUAGGGUAAUAAAGAGGUUUCCAAUGUAAUAAGGUGAACACCUCACAAGUUCCUGGUGUAGCUGUGAGGCAUGUGUGGAAAGAAAAAUAAGUUAAGAUGGUAUUCCCAUAAUAAUAAUAAUAAGGUGAUAGCAUAUUGCUAGAAUAUGUAAUCAUCUACUUAUUGGAUUUGACUUCCACGAUCCUCAAAGAGAACAGCAGUACGAGUUGAGCCCCGAUGUUCCUUCAUUAAUUUACCUUGACCAGAGAUGGUUCCACCCACUUAUUAGAAUGGGGCACUUACCUGGCCGUGAAC